AUGGAAGAGACAAAGAAGUCAACCAAGAAACGAAAGAUUCCUAUAAAAACCGAGUGGAAUUCUCGCUGUGUCCUUUUCACCUAUUUCCAAGGAGACAUAAGCAGCGUCGUGGAUGAGCACUUUUCCAGAGCUCUGAGAAAUGUCAAAAAACCCUCAAGCCAGAGCCAAUAUGUGACCGCAAGGAAUGAGAGUGGCAUGCCUCCCAAUCAAUGGCGUGUACCUUCACAGUGGAGAAAGCUACAGACAGAAGCCGCUUUUGCAAGUGGUGGAGCCAACCGCAACUCCAAUAUGUAUGGUCCCAUGGCUAUGGAGCUAUACCGACGGUCCCUGACCCGGGGCCCCACUUCCAUUGCCACAGCCACGGCCACGGCCACGGCCACGGCCACUGCCACGGCCACGGCCACGGCCUCUACCUCUCCCAGGGAGCUGUGGCAUUUCUCUUCGCUGGCCAACCUCAACUCCCUAGAGCGUGGCUACCCUCAUGCUUUCUCUGGUGGCCACGUGGUUCCAGAGCCCAAGCCUGAUGGGAAGGAUGAAUCCUUCCUAAGUCUCCUCCAACAAGAAAGAUGUCCAGGCUGUCCUCAGGAAUCCGCCAGAAAGGAGGACCAACAUAACUAUCCUCAGGGCGCUGGAAGAGCAGGCUUGUUCUUCGACCCACCUCCUGGGCCCUCCCACUGUCUUUCUCCCAGAAAUGAAGACCACCAUAACCAUCCUCAGGGCGCUGGAAGAGCAGGCUUGUUCUUCGACCCACCUCCUGGGCCCUCCCACUACAAUAAAGUCUACUACUCCCCAAAUCACGCAUUGGCCAGUACCAGCCUUGAAAAUGAACGGAGCCAGCCUCCAGAGAAAAGACAAGACAAAUACUUUUAUUAAACUAUUGUUUGAAGAGGAGAAUGCUUUUUUUGCAAUCCUACUCCUGAUUUUCCACUUACUACUAAAGAGCAUUAAGUUCUGGCCAAGUUUAUGCUUUCCCUAAAGUUAUACCCAUAUUCUUUCUUGACACUUUAGACACGAUGGCAGGGUUUUCA